AGGUUGCAGAUGCAUAUGCUGAACGGGGCACUCUUGGCAUUGCUGUUUCCUGUUGUUAAUACCCGCCUGCUUCCAUUCGAAAUGGAAGUUUAUUACAUCCAGCAUGUGAUGCUUUAUGUGGUGCCCAUCUAUCUGCUGCGGAAAGGAGGUGUCUACACUCCAGAACCACUCUGCAAUUUCUGGUGGGCUCUUUUAUCCACGGGGUUUAUGUUUGUCUAUCAUUUUAGCAUCUUGCAGAUUCUGGGAUUGGUUACAGAAGUGAAUUUGAACAACAUGUUGUGCCCAGCCAUCUCGGAUCCUUUUUAUGGGCCCUGGUAUCGAAUCUGGGCAUCUGGACAUCAGACUGUCAUGACCGUGACUCAUGGGAAGCUUAUAACCCUCCUGUUUUACAGUGCUGGCCCCGUCUUUAAAUAUACCAUGAACUUGCUUAGACUCCCAGCGAAGAAAAUAGACUGAACUUUCUCCCCAUGGAAUAGUAUUUACAGGAAGCAGAGAUACUUAUACUGGAAAACAAAGAGGAGGGGUGAGAGGCCGAUGUGUUUAUAUUUCUCCCCAUGGUUUAUUGCCUCAAAAACACCUCUGUAAUCAAGUGAGGGUUUUUUUUAACUGCUGUUUCUCACUGCCUAUUGCCAAUGGCAAAAUUAGUGGCCUUAUUCUGGAAAAGGUUCGUGUUUUAUACAUUUUGUGUAGAUUACAGUAGAAUCUUGCUAAGCUACUGUUUAAAAUUAGGCCAGGAUCUGUCCACAUUCCAGCAAAGAGAGUGGCAGUGCUACCUCAUUUUGACUUAUUUUCCAUUUACACCUAUAGGAUAGGAAAUAAAGCAGAAUU